GUUCCGACUCGGCUGUAAAUAUUGUGACACCGAGUAUUUCCUCCUUCCACGCGUGUUGUCAGUGUGUAAAGACAUUAUUAUCGGUGCGUUUUAAGUUUUUUCACCAAAAAAUAACGUUAAAUAUUUCAUAAUAACGUUAAAAUGUGUCGCGCUCUUUUGUCCAACAUGGCUCCAGACGUGUCGAAGUCCUCUGCAUAAAAUAACGGCUGUGUCUUUUUAAUUUGUGGACAUUUUUACCAAGUCGUGUAGUGUAACGCUGCUAUGGAGCGUUUGGAGGAGAAGCUCAGCGGUCUGUCCAUCGCUCGGCGGUCCCGUCCCGAGGAGCCCACCUACCUGCUGGACCUGGCCCAGCAGCCCGCCGGCCUGCUGGCCGUGUCCUGCUCCAACUUCACCAUCCACCUGCACAACAAGGACACUCUGAGCCUGGUGGGCGAGUACCGCGGCCACGGCGGGCCGCUGUGUGGGGUCGUUUUCUCCCACGCCUCCCCCGACCUCCUCUACUCUGGUUCUGCUGACGGGACGGUCCGGGGCUGGGACGUGCGGCGCCCGGGGUCGGAGGCGGCGCAGCUGUUUAAAGGCGAGCCGUCACACAGUUUCUCCAGCUUCGACCUGAACUGCAGCGACACUCUGCUGUGCGCCGGCACCGAGCAGGUGAACGAGGAAGACAGCUACCUGGUGUUCUGGGACGCCAGGAAGCCCGCCGGGCGGCUCCUCGGCGUGUACUCCGAGUCACACAGCGAUGACGUCACACAGGUGCGCUUCCACCCUGGAGACAAAGACCGCCUGGCGUCCAGCUCCACAGACGGCCUUGUUAACGUGUUCGACCUGAGCCGGGGGGCGGAGGAGGAGGCGCUGCUCGCCACCUGUAACAGCGACUCGUCUGUGGGCGCCGUCUGCUGGACCGGAGCGCAGUACACGCAGCUGCUGUGCCUCAGCCACGACGAGGGGCUGCACCUGUGGGACCUGGCGUCCCAGAACACCGACGAGCCCCUCACCGUGUUCAGCACCUCUGACGCUCGCAGCCUGGCGUUGCUGCCUGACGGCGGCGGCGGCGUGGACUACCUGGUGGGCGGCCGGUGGCUGGAGGACGCCCAGAAGCUGCUGGUGGUCGGAGGGAAGAACGGCGGCGACCUCCACCUGAUGGAGUGUGACGACAGAGGGCUGCGUCUGCUCCGGAGCCUCCAGGGCGGGCACGCCGCCACGGUGCGCUGCUUCCUGUGGGACGCGGCGGCGGAGACUCUGGUCACCGGGGGAGAGGACGCUCAGCUGUUGCUGUGGAAACCAGGAGGGGAGGAGCUCACGGCGGCGAAGAGGGAGUCCAUGAAGAGCCAAUCAGCUUUGAGACUUAAAUCCAGACCGCAUAAAAAACACGGCUACCAGAAGGAGAAGAAGGAGGCGUAGCCGAGGACUGGACUCACUAAACCCAGACCUAAAGAUGAUUCUACUGUUUUUAAUCACUAAAUUUAUUUAAUUACAUUUACAGUCUGUCAUUGCUCUCAUCAGUAUUUAUUUAUUGCACCAAGCACAAAGCAGCACAACUGUCAUUUCUGUUUUCACACUGAAGCAGAGUUCAGUUUCUCACUCACUUUGUGCACCUGUCAGCAUGUUGAUAUCUCUGCGCCAUCAAAAACUGGUUGUGAUAUUCACCAACAAAAACCAGGUCUGAAGUCAGUGGUGCAGCUUUUCCUGCGACUUAAAGAAAGCACAGGGUUCAGAACAUGCGUACACUCUAGUCUAGACGGAAUUGUCCAAAAAG